GCCACGGGUCGUCUCUGACGGCCCGGACUGCCUAGAGGACGUGUUUGACCGGGUCGAUCAAAGCGGACCCAACGUUCACAACUUAUCGGCUCUUCACGAUCUUAGCCGCCACUGGACGCCCCGAACCGGCGCCUGCGAAUUUACCGGCCAGUUCAAGUUAGCCCACCGGCUGCUUCCUAUGAACGCAGACUGCAGGGCCGUCGUACCGACGCGGCCGACGGAGACCCUGCUUCGUAUCGCGCUUAGAGCCUGCACGGAUAUGGGCACGCGACGGCUGGCAGUCAACGCGGGGGACGAUGAGUAUUCGCUGUGCCUCCCGGGACGGGACGAAGCGUUUGAUACGGUGCCGGAGCUCACCCAGCAGCUGAUAACCAAGGACGUGGCCGUCGACGCGACAGACGCCAACCAACAGACGGCGCUUCAUGUCGCUGUGGCCAUCGUCGAGGUUGGUCUCGUCGAGCUAUUGCUGAGAAGCGGAGCGAGCCCGGAGAUGCCAGACGUCUUCGGCGCGACACCUCGGCGCGGCUGCUUGCACUUUGGCACGAAGGCGACAACAUCGAAUGGGAACCAAGAGUGCACCCCCGCAUCUUCCAGACACACCAGUCUAGCAACACAUGGGCAACACGAUUUAUGUAAAGCGUCAUGACCCAGUGUUGCUUUGUGGCUGCCUCGGCACUAGGAAACAGCGGUUCGUCUGCCCAACUGGGCAUCACCGCUCACAAGCCACACAUGACUUAUCACUGUAAUCAACGUCAUCGACGUGACGAGAACUGCAUUUCAGUCACUCUGCAUCUAGAGGGAAAAUGACCUCCUCGCACGCACGACC